CGAGCCACCCCGGCUCCUUCACGAAUAGCCGAGAAAACCCCCAUUUAUAUUUAAAUGGUCCUCUCCUCUCCCCUGCUGCGACGAAAUCGUUGAGCGAUGGACGCAGCUCGGCUUUUGCAUCUCUUCCUGGUAAUGCUGCUGGUUUUGCACGAAGCAGCACAGAGUGCCACUGGGGUUCAGCUGCAAAAUCAAACGCAAAACCAGCAGCGGCAGCAGCAGCAAUUCCUGAGUGUGGACUACUACAAGCGCUCCUGUCCAGACGUGGAGAAGAUUGUCCACCAAGUCAUGGUCCAGAAGUUCAGGGAGGCGCCCGUGGCAGCCGCUGGGACAUUGCGCAUCUUCUUUCAUGACUGCAUGGUCCAGGGUUGUGAUGCUUCCGUCCUCGCCGCCUCCACCUCCCGCAACAAAGCCGAGAAGGAUUUCGACAUCAACCUCUCACUUCCGGGCGAUGGUUUCGACGCCGUUAUGCGAGCCAAGCAGGCUGUCGAGAACAGAUGCCCGAGGACAGUCUCGUGUGCCGACAUUCUCGCAAUUGCGUCGAGAGACCUGAUUGGAAUGAUUGGAGGCCCCUUCUGGCCGGUGAAGAAAGGCCGCAAAGACAGCUACACGUCGUAUGCUGCCAGAGUCCCCGGCAACCUGCCUUCGUCCAAGAACACAGUUUCGGAGCUCAUGCAUCUCUUCUCGUCCAAAGGAUUCACCACCGAAGAAAUGGUUGCACUGGCCGGAGCACAUACCGCCGGCUUUGCGCAUUGCAAAGAGUUCAACGACCGCAUCUACAACUGGAAGAAUACGUCCCGCAUUGAUCCCACCAUGAAUCCGCUGUAUGCCGCCAACUUGAGGCUGGCCUGUCCCCGCAACGUGGAUCCAACCAUCGUCGCCAACUUGGACGUAACAACAUCCAAGAAGUUCGACAACGUCUACUACCAAAACUUGCAAAAGGGACUGGGUUUGUUGAGCACCGACCAGGCCCUGUUUAACGACCCCCAGACGAAGCCUCUGGUGAACAGGUUUGCGGCGUCGCAGGAGCAAUUCUUCGCGGCGUUCGCCUCCGCGAUGCAAAAGCUGGGCAGCAUCGGCGUCAAGUCGGCUUCACAAGGCAACAUCCGGAUAAACUGCGCAGCCUUCAACCAGUAACCUUUCCCAACCUGCAGAAGCCGAGGAAAAAGAAACCGAGUGAGAUUGUGUUUGUUUGAAUGAGACGAGAGAUUGCUACAGAGAAAUCACAUGUGAUUUGCUGCUGGAGCGAGCGUGCCUGGCCCUCACAUGAAGGAGGAAGAUUGCCAGAUUGAUCAAUGCAGCCGUUGCCAGCGACCAGAAA